CAUUGCUUCAGACUGUAGAACUCUCUAACUCUACAGUAUAUAAAACGAAGGAAGACAGCCAUGGGAGUGAUGCUAAUGAGACAAAGAAGUGCUCCAGUGCAGCAGCAGAGCGGUUUUCCCAGCCUGAAGAGCAAAGAAUGCUUACAGUACAAACUGUAGACCAUGAAGUAAAAGAGACAAUAUCAGCUCACCGUGUAGAACUAUCGAAAUCUUUGGUUGCUGAAGUUAAAUCAGAAGCCCCUACAAUUGAUGCUUCUGAGCAAAAGCCCAGUCUAGAUGUUACAGCAAAUGAGCUUAUUCCACCUCUGCUGUCAAGCACUCCUAAAUUGCAGCAUAAAGAGAUGGAAGUGAGGAACGCAAUGAAAGAGAAAUUUUCCAGCACUCACUUCGCACCUGGGGCAAGUAGUUCUAAGGAGCAAAGGAUCCAUUUACGUGAGAAGAGUAGUUUUGCCUGGCCUGAGCAGAGUGAAAUUGAAUCACAGCUUUGGAAAGCUGAAGUAAAGGAAGCAAUUGUGUUUCAGAAUCCACAGACCUCUGAAGCCACUGGGUUUGAAAUUAAAGAUGUGUUCACAAAGGAGUGUGUUGGCCAAAAUAUCAUCUUAGGUUCACCAGAAGCUGAUUUUCCAUCCUCUGAAGAACAAAUUCAGCUGAAGUCUCAAGGGGAAGAGAACGUGAAUGUUUCUUCCAAUGAAACAAGUAACUUGGACAGCUCUUCUGACAUGGAAAGCUUUACCGAAUCAAUUCGCAAAUAUGGCAGUCCCAUUAGUCUGCCACAGAAGAAGCAGCGAAUUCCCAAAUUAUCUUUGAUGCCGCCUUUUGCAAUGCCACCCAUUCAGGAAGAUUUUAUUCCACCAAAGGAGAAAAAAAUAUUUGAUCCAACUUCCUUCAAAUUCGGUCUAGGGAAAACAGGUAGCCAGAAAGGUAAAGGACCUUCCUCUGUUCUUAAAAAGCAACAAGGUGAAGCAAAAGCUAAAUUAAAGAAGCGUGCUUCUGCAGAACAAAGCGUGGUUUACAAAUCCCUAACAAUUAACAAAAGCCCAAAUCUACGUUUACAUAGACCAAAAGAUGUGGAGCAUAAUCUUUGUGGUGAUUUGCACAGUAAAAAGUUUCCUUUGGAAAUUGAUCAGACUGUGGCAGAUGCAUCUAAAUCAUCAACUGGAGCUCAGAUUGAGGACAUUAAAUUUACACCAUCAUUGGUGGAAGACAACUCGGUUAAUGGGUUUGAAUCCGAUUUUCCAAAUGCAACCAGCUCAGGAAUGUUGCCAAGUAACAUGGAAAAAUACUUGAAAACUUUUGAAUCAGAGGUGCAAAAGAAUUCAGAAAAUGGAUUUUCCAUCCCUAACUUCCCCAAACCGGAUAAUUUAGAAAUUAAUACAAAUCUCAGUGACAACAUAGAGGACAAUGCUUUUGACAGUCUAUCAAUAUUCCAGGGAUCAAGCGAUUUGAGCGCUAAUCAAGAUAUCCCAAACUUUUUUCAGAAUGACCUUUUCAAACCCAUAUCUAUAUUGCCUCAAGUGCCAGUAAUAACGCCUGGGAUGAACAACAUAAAAUUAAACCCUAGGCCAGGGAAGUUGAUCAUUUACAAUCAGCCUAACUUUCGUGGCGAAACAAUUGAAAUCUUCAAUGAUGUUAAGGAUGCUACAUCAUGGAAUUUGCCCUCUGCCUUCUCCAUUAGGACAGUACGAGGCUGUUGGUUCCUUUAUCAGAAGCCAGAUUUUGAAGGGGCUAAGAUCUUACUGGAAGAAGGCGCGGUGGAGUUGGCAAAUAUUUGGGGAGAAGAAAUUGCUGAGGAUAAUAAUGAGGAAGGGCCCACAGUUAUCCCCACUGUUAUUGGGUCUAUUAGAAGAGCAGUCAAGGAUUGGAGCCUAACAGAACUAGAUUUGUUUACAGAAUUCAAUGGAAUGGGAGAUAGAACAACAUUUUAUGACGAGAUCGAAAAAAUUUCAACAUUUGGGAUUCCACUAUCCACGUUGUCCAUGCAAGUACAUUCUGGAAUAUGGCUUGUGUUUGAAGAGCCCUUGUAUCAUGGAAAUUCUUACAUGGUGGAACCUGGGCAGUAUGCUUGUCCAGAGGCAUGGGGUGGUGUAGAACCCUUCAUCGCGUCACUCAAACCGGUCAAAAUGGGUGGAUUGAAAGUUGAAAACCCUAAUGCUGGGAAGAUUAUCGUGUAUGAAAAGCCUUUCUUUGAAGGCAAACAAAUGGAACUGGAAACAGAUGUUUUCUGUUUCAUUGGAGAGGCCGAAAGAGACAAAGAAUCAACUUUGUGUCAGACUUACCAUUUUGAGACUGUCGGCUCCAUUAAAGUUUUAGGAGGACUUUGGGUUGGUUAUGAGAAGUCAGGAUUUGAAGGGCAUCAGUACUUGUUGGAAGAAGGAGAAUACCGAGAAUGGAAUGAGUGGGGAGGCUAUGAUGAACAACUUCGUUCUUUGCAAUUUAUUGAAGUUGAAGCUUCGAGUCCAGUUAUGAUCUUGUUCACUGAAACAAACUUUGGUGAGAAAGGUGCAAACAUUGAAGUAUUAGGUCCUAUCCUGAACCUGAGAGACACUGAAUAUGGCUUGAAGACCCAGUCUAUAAAUGUACUCAGUGGAGUAUGGGUUGCCUACGAGGAAGCAGAUUUCACAGGAGCACAAUACAUUCUGGGUAAGGGUCUGUAUAGCAGCUACCAGGAUUGGGGAGCAAAAGAUUUUAGGAUCUCCUCUCUUCAGCCUGUUCUGGUGGAUACCAACCAAAAGCCCAAGUUUAAGGUCAAGUUUUUUUCGGAAACUGAAUUCCAAGGGACUACACACGUCUUUGAAAAGGACACGGUCCAGUUUAUGGAUGAAUUUUCACCCAAAUCCUGCAAGGUUCUGUCUGGCAACUGGGUGGUAUACGAUGGGGAGGACUUCACUGGUAAGCAGUAUGUACUUGAAGAAGGAAUGUAUCCUAAUUUGAUCACAAUGGGAUGUGCAACAGAUACACACAUCAAAUCUUCAAAGACAGUGGGAUUUAACUUUACCCAGUCAAAUAUUGAACUGUUUGAGAGAACAGAUUUCAAAGGAAAGAAAAUUGAACUGCAUUCGGAAGCAUUGAAUCUGGCCUUGUUUGGAUACAACACUCACAUCUUCUCUGUGCAAGUAAAUGGCGGCACUUGGAUUGCUUACGAAUUCAGUAACUAUAGAGGAUGUCAGAUUUUGCUACAACCCGGUGAUAUACCCAACUGGCAUGAAUUCACAGGAUGGCACAGAAUUGGUUCUGUGCGCCCCCUGAUUCAGAAAUUAGUGUACUUUAGGAUACGGAAUCGAAGUACGGGAGCAUUAAUGACAUUCACUGGAGAACUGAAUGAUCUGAAGCUGGUGCGAGUGCAGGCUUUGGAACCCACGGGGUUGGAUGAUCAGAUUUGGUCUUACCAGGAUGGAGUCAUCAAAAACAAGUUAGCUGAAGACUGCUGCUUGGAUGUAGUAGGAAGUCUGAUCACUACAGGUUCAAGACUGGGAGUUUCAGUGCUGCAGAAUAAAGAUGUUCAUUUAUGGCGUUUCCUUCCCAAUGGAACCAUAUUCAGUGAGCUAAGGUCUCACCUAGCAAUUGACAUAAAAGGUGGUCAGCAUUAUGAUCAAAAUCAAACCAUUCUUAACAACUUUGAUGAACUCCGGCCAACGCAGAGAUGGGACCUGGAAGUCGUGUGAUUCUUCUCAUACAGAUUUGGAAAGACUUGUGGCACUUUCUCAACUUCAUGAGAAAUCGGUCUACCUUCACUGUCAGGGUUGUACUUCAUGAAGCAAACUUUGUGACCCAUUUUCAGGACUCAUGGUGACUGGAAUUCAUAGUGAAAGGGUAAAUUAAAUUGCCUCCUUUAUUAUGUGCCUGGGCUCUAAUUAGCUGCUCUUUUGUGUCUAAUUCUGAUUUAGUAUCAACCUUUUAAGUUAACUUCAUGUGUUGGUCUUGGGUUUACCUGCUGUAACUUCAGCUACCAAAUGUUAAACUUUGUCUGUUACCACAGGAUUUAUUUUAAAGUUUUAGAACUGAUUAUAAAACUCUAAUAAUAGAUUACAGUGACUUUGACAUCUUCUGUGAACAAUAUAGUGUUCUCCAUUACCCAGUCAGCCUUACUUACCCCAGUGCCAUCAGUGUACACUUUGGAUUACUGGAGAUAGAAUCAUGGAACCAUCACAGCUGUGCUACUCUGAGAGAGCAUUCAGUCCCAUUUACCUGUUUUUCCCUAUUACUCAUUUCCCACAUUUACUGUCUUAGUCAUCUAUUUAGCUCUCUCUUGAAAGGUAAUUAUGGAUCCUACCUUAACCAUCCUCUGUGUAAAACAAAAAUCCUCUCUGUUUGUAAUUAUCAGGCCUUCCUGACUCGCAUUCCAAUGGAAAACAGUCUUAUCAAAAAUCCUUCAUAAUUUUAAAGACUUUGUUCCAUCUUGUCCCUCCAUUUGCUGCUCAGGUGUGCCUCUUACAAAUUAAUUUCAAUGGGGGUUGAAAUAACAGCUGUUUUAUAAAACUGUCGAUAGGACACUAAUAUUCAGAACUAUGAAUAAUUUUGGAAUUCAAAGCUUGUUACAAUUUUUGAUAAUUUAUCUGUUCCAACAGUACCCUGUUAUAGAAUCUAGUUUUGGGAGACGGGAGAUAUAUUAAUGAUUUUAAAUAGCUCAAGUUGUGACAUGUGCUAUCCUAACAUAGUAUCCAGUCGUGCUAAAGUUAGAUGCUUAGGAAUCGCAAAGCAAAUCCACUAAUUUUACAAAAAAUAUUUCCCUAUUCAAAACGGAUAAAGAGCAUGGCAGUAGUCUGUCAGGGGAAACAAUCUAAGACCUUCAAUAUGUAAAUUUGGAGCAAAUAGCUGUGUGCAUUUUAAGAAAAUAAAAUAUCUUUUAUUAAAAUGGAGAAAUUGAUAUGUAUCCUUGGUUUAGACUUUUCAAGACCUUCAUGUAUUUCAGCGUUUCAAAUUCUCACAGGAUUUACUUACUGUUUGUUUUGUUAGCCUGUUUCAGACCUGUGCACAGUAAUGGCAGUCUUUGCUUGUACAGUAUGUUGCAUAUGUCACUCAAUCCUAACACAUUUUCAAACCUUUAUAAAUAUUGACAAACAUUGUGUGAACUGCCUGGCCUGCUGCUCAACUAACUGAUGACUAAGAGCAUUCUGUGUCUUGGUAUGCUGUAUUGCAAAAAUCCGUGUAGCAGGGUCCGAGACACAUUACUGGCAGGCCCAGGAAGGUGUUUGUGGUGGGGGGGAAGAAAGAAGGAAAAGAAGAAAAAGUGAUGAUUGUACUGCACACAGUUCUAACAUUUUAGCUACACGUUUCUGUACAAUUUUAAUUUGUCAUUUAUCGUGAAAAAUGUACAUUUCUAAUGUCUGCCGUGAAUUUGCUUGCCUUUGGGGUUAAGGGGAUAAGUAACCAGUUUGUGAAAUGUCCUAUUAUUAUAGUUUGCUUAAGUUUGCACAGCCUUUGCCUUUUCACUAGCUCCCUUUUUAUGUUAGCUCCUGAUUCUUUGCUUUUAUCAGCUGAUAUUUGCGCCCAGUGGAGAAAUAGCUUUAGUGAAAGUGUGAACUACAGGACUGAUUUUCUUGAAGCUUUUGUGUAUCCGAUUGAGAUGGACAACUUUUUUUAUUAAUUUACGAAAGAACCAAUGUGCUGACAGUUUUCUAAUUUUCAAGGCUUGCACUGCAACAUGUAACAUGUUUAUCAAAUAAAAUGUACAACAUCAGAGUUA